CGUUGUCAUGGAGAUCAGACACACACAACUGAACUAACGUUAUCGGUAAAACUUACAGACCUUUUCCUGUCCUUUUUUACGAUUAAAACAAAAAUAAAACUACAAGACUUGAGUUAGAACUACUGUGGUAAGAUACAUUUUCACUACAACCGUUGCAAUGUUGGCAGAUUAUCCAGUGAAUCCUCUGAAGUCUCGUGUUUCCUUUGGAAUCACACAUAGCCCACAAAGAAAGCGGGCCUCAAGCUUCAGGUCAGGGAGUCUUCGGAAGAAAACCCAAAGCUGCUUUUUUGGGGUUGAGACGUGUGCUGAGCUGGUUUGGAAAGGCUGGGAGCCAGGUCUAGAGUAUACCAAAUGUCUGUAUCUUAAAAGCAUACGUGGAAAACUCCAGAAACUCAGCUUUAGACCUCCUGUGUCCAAGUUCUUCAGCACACUGUUUCCUCAGACCAUUCUUUUGAGCCCAGGAACAUCUUUUUCCCUCCCAGUCACUUUUAGUCCCCUUGAGAAAUGUGAAUACGUGGACACUAUAGAGUUUGAGGGUAAGGAAGGCAAAUUUCAGGUGUCUCUGCGUGCUGUGAUUCCUCAUCAUGCUUUGGAAGUACCGGACUCUGUUAUGCUCCCACCCUGUGCUGUCCAGCACAGCUCCCAAACCAGCUUUCUCUUUCGUAACACUAGUAAGCUACAGACAGGAUUCAAGUGGUCUGUGGAUCCUCCAUUCCAGCUGUCCCCUGAAACUGGACGAUUGAAACCUGAAGAAGAGUGCAAGGUUACAGUACAUUUUAAACCUAAGGAGGUUAUUGUGCACCAGACGGAGGCCCGCUGUGCUUUCGGUGAUUAUGGGGAAAGCAGCUGUACCGUACUUCUGUAUGGGCUGUCCAAGUACCCUCAUCUUCAGAUCAUCUCCGCUGAGCAGGAGGAAGGCUGUAAGGUGCUUGAAUUUGGCAGUGUGGCGGUGGGAGACUCUCUUGAAAGGCAUUUUGAGAUCUACAACCCAUCCACUGUUAGCACUACAUUCCAACUGUCCUGGUUGAGACGACCUGCUCUUAUGGAUGUGGUGUUCCGCUGUGAGGUGCGUGAGGGACAGAUUGAGCCACAUUCAGUUUUAAAAGUCCCUGUCUGGUUCUCCCCACUCACGGUGGACAGCAGAAGUGUGGACUAUCUCUGUCUUACCUGCCUGGGGGCUGUAAGCAAAGAUUUGCUUAAAGUGUCUGGAUCUUCCAUAGGACCAAUAGUGUCUCUAAGUGCCUCUGUGCUGGAUUUUGGUUGUGUCGAGGAGGGCACAGAGGUCACGCGCACGCUACAGAUCAUCAACUCUUCUGCAGUGUUGGCAUAUUACCAGUUUGAUGUGGACACUGGCAGCCAUAGUGUGUUCAGUGUUGACCAACCUUGCGGCACCCUGCCAGGCAACAGCAAACUCACCCUGCGUGUGAAGUUUCGACCGCACCACCCUAUUGCUCAUCACAAGACUCUGACCUGUUUACUGCUGCACCGGGAGCCACUGUUUUUGGAUUUGAUUGGCACCUGUCAUUCAGAGGAGCUUAAGCCAGCCAUAUUAUACCCGAGACAUCUCAGUGUGUACAGGUUAAAUCUGUUAAGAGGACUUACAUUUUACCCUCCAGACUUACUGAGUGCCAUGUUGGAAGAACAAAAAUUAAAAGUAGAUGAUAGCGGAGCAUUGCUAAUCAGGCAGAUUCCAGCAGAAAACACUGACAACUCCGCACCCCUCGUCAUCACACGCAAUCCUCUGGAGGAGUAUUUCCACAAAAAUUCAGCACCUGAAGCAGAACUAGACAUUGAAAACAACUCAUCUAAGUUCUCCAACCUUCAUGUUACAGUUGAACCUCCUGAGCUCCUUUUUUAUGAAUGCAAAGCAUCUAAAUCAGUUACCAUCACCAACCACACCAAGGGCAAGAUCUGUUUGGCGUGGACCCAUGGAACCAACUCCUCUUUCUCCAUUUCUCCUCUCUGCUGUGAUUUGGGCCCUCUAAAGUCCACGGCCUUUAUAGUGACAUAUAAUCCCAACCAGCAGAACAACUUCCAUGCAGAACAGCUUGAGUGUUUUGCUUUUUAUAAGGUUCUGAGGGAACAUAGAUAUGUGGAUGAUCAGACUUUGUGCCCACCAUGGUGCCUUACAGUCAGGGUGAGCGGUCACUCAUUCCAGCCUGGAAAAGAGCACUUUACCCCCAGCUUUUCUCUUCAGCACUCUGAAAUAGGAUUUCCUCCUCUAAAUAAGGUGUCAUACCGCAAUAUUCUACUGCAGAACACUGGAGACCUGCCACUGAUUUUCAGACUAGACCCAGAAGAGUGUCCCUCAGUGUGUGUGCUGCCACCUAGUGGUCUGGUGCCACCUGGUCAGCACCAGAUUCUCACAUUCAGAGCUACUCCAUCUCAGGAUCACCCUGCCAGUAUGCCUUUGACAUUACAGCUAAAUGCCAGCCCUAAACACAAACAGGUGCUGAAUGUUGUUGCUGUUGCAGAGAAACUUUCCAUGACCGUGGAGGGGGGUGGAAGUCUGUCCUUUAAGCCUACAGCGGUGGGCUCCUGCUCUGAGCGAACGCUGUGGGUGAAGAACUUGAGCAGGGUGCCGGUGGAGUUCCUGUGGAGGCUCUGUGGAUCGGACCGAAGAGUUUUGUCUGUACUGCCGGGAACAGGCAUGCUUCAGCCCAAUGAAUCUAAGGUACAGAAAUGGUCCUUUGCUCCUACAGAAGAGACAAUGUACAACAUGAAGCCUAGUCUUAUGUUCUGGCCUCUCCAAACACCAGAGUGUACGAAGUCCCGCCUCACAAUUAAAGCAGUUGGAUUGGCCUCUAAAGGCUCUCUACAGGCCGAACAUCCUGUUAUAGAUCUGGGUGAGGUGCUUUUCGGAAGCUGUAAGUCAUUUGAUGUUCCUCUACUAAAUGACAGCUCCUGUGCCUUCAGCUACUAUCUGACUGCUCAGCAGAGUGUCACAGUUACAGACUUUCCUGAAGACGUCAAUCAAGAUCCUUUGGUUCUAGAGAUGGAGAACGUAAAGGGAGUCAUACCUGCUCAUUGCAAGCUACAGGUCCACUGCACAGUGAGACCGGCUCGCAGGGCCCAUUACUGUUGGACCAUCAGUUACUACAUCCUCAAUGCAUCUGGCUCUGUUUGGGAAGAGCCGCACUCAGUGUGUCAGAUCCAGGCAGAAUGUGUGUUUCCCACACUAGAGGUGACAGAUGUCCGGAGCUGUGGCAGUGUGGAGAGACUGAGCAAAUUUCAGCUGUGGCACCUCUUCAAUCUGGACGCACUCAAUACUUACCUGCGCAGAGAUCCCAGUCCAUCUGAGCUCACCUUCAGAGUGCCCACUAGACACAGUCUUCAACGCUGUCCUACCAUCUUUACCUCAGCUGUAUUGGAUUUUAACUUCAGUGCUGCACCCUUGAGCUCAGAGCCCUCCAGUAUUUUGAUCAUGUUUAAGAACACAGGCAGUAUUCCUGUAGAGUGGUCAUUUUUGUUUCCCGAGGACCAACAGAUUGAGCUUGAACACUGGGCUGAAAGUGGAGAAUUCAACUCUUCUGAGCACCAUCUGAUGAUGGUUCAAGAACACAGACUCUUCUCCAUCUCUCCACGCUCUGGUAAACUCCAGCCCACCCACCAGAGGGCAGUGCAGUUCACAUACAGACAUGACUUUGUAGGAACAAAUCGUCUUCCUGUCCUGCUGAAACUUUCACAUGGAAGAGAGAUACUGCUGAAUUUUACAGGAGUAACCGUGGAAAGAGAUAGACGGUACAUUCAUCUUCCUUCCAACAGACACACAUUUGCCCCUGUGGCCAUUGGAGGAUUCAGUCCCCCUAAACAGGUGUAUGAGCUGUAUAAUGCAGGUGCUCUUCCUCUGAGAUACCACAUUGACACCACUCCACUGGAGCAACUGAUGGAGGAGAACUUCAGUCAUCCAGUCUUACAGUGUCUGAACCCUGACGGAGAGCUGGAGCCAGGACGCACAGCUCUGGUGGAGUGGAUCUUCUCCCCACUGGAGGCUAAAACAUACAGUGUAGACAUUCCAAUUCAUGUGGUGGAGGGAGACAGCAUGUUUGUUACCUUUGAGGGGCAUGGCUUUGAUGAAAGAGACUCUGAACCCCUUCAGAUGAAAGAUGGAUGCAUUACUGUACCUUGCACGCAAAAAAUUCCAAUACCCGGACAGGUGGUGUUUCUGUCAGAAGAGAGGGUGUGUUUCGGUGAUAUCCCGGUGUGCUCUCGAGGUACCCGCAUCCUAUUUUUGACCAACAUCUCACAUACAGACCAAGUCUUGUAUAAAUGGAUUGUAGACUGCCAACAGACUAUAAACAUAAGUCCUGACAGUGGUCGUCUAGCACCAGGGGAAAGCGUUCUCAGCAUACUUACAAUACAGACUUCAGGCACCCCCACUUUCUACCAGCAAGACCUCAUCUGUGAGAUAACUCUUGAAGAGAAGCUAACACAGUAUCACAAAGAUCUUCAACAGUGGGAGGAAGAAACGGAGAGACAGAAAUACGAGUUUACUCUUACUGAGAGAGAUCUGAUGCAGGCAAAUAAACUGGAUAAAUGCACUCCGGAAAGUGGAGUGUUUGAACAGAAAACGGGUACCAAAAAAUACAAGACUCUUCCGCCCAUCUGCAGCAGUGAUCAAGUGGUGGGUCCUUCCUUGAGACCCAGUCGGGCUGAAAGACGAGCCCAGCAGCAGACAGGACUGCAAAGGAAGAGAUGUCCUGAGCCGCCCCGUCCUACAUUACUCCACCUAGGAGUUACUGCCCGUUCACACACCCUAAUGGAGUAUCAGGCACAUUUCCCAACUCAGUUCAAUACUCAUUACAUCCACAGGUCAACGGACCCAAAGCAUUCCCAAUCCAGCAACGAUCUGUGCUUCCAUUGUCCUGCAGACCUGCCCCCUCUCAUCCAUGGUCCUGAGAAAGACAUCAUCACACAUGUGCUCACGUCUGCACUUCGAAGUCUUCUAGAUGAUCGUCAGUUCCAGGAGGCUCUGGUAGAGGGCGAUACUGAGCAGGUGCCAUACUUCACACAGCUGCGGCCUGCCCCUGCUCUCACCGCACAAACAUCACCCACCUCUGCUGCAGGCCGCCAGGACCCUGGAAAAAUGUCUGAUGUGUCCAAUGCUAUUGUAGCAGACACUAACACAGACAUUUCCAGCACUGCAGACACAAUGGAGAAAAGUGAAUGUGACCAGCAGGAUUUUCUGCAGGAGUUUGAAGAAGAGUUAAGGAUGAAAGUUCAGGAGUCCAUUCGCAGGCUGCCUGAGUUUUGUGACCUGGUGGAAGAUGUUUUGCUCAACACUUUGCAGAAUCUAAUGAUGGAGGCUUUCUUGGGUGAGCUGGUGCUGACAGCACGACCCCGAAUAAUUGCUCUACCACCUUCCACUUCUAGGAGAAACAGCCUUGGCCCCAACAGAGAGUCCAGUGCUGAAUAUAAGAGGAACAAGGGGCCAGAAACAGAUGUGGAGCAGAGAGAUUGAGAAAGCUGCGAGCGCAGGAGGGUGCUGGCUUUGUUGUCACGUCCCUCUAGCAGUUGCUGGAAAUGUUCAUCCAUGACCAAAGAAAAGACAAAGUCCAACUCUCUAAAGCUUACAUCAUCUCAGGGUCUGUCUAUGAAAGAUGAUCCGCCCCCAUUCAGCUCCUCACAGACAGAAGAAAAAUAAGAGCAUUUUAUUCCCAAGUAUGUGAUUGUAUUUCAUAAUGACCAUAAUUACUGUAAUGAGUCCAGCUUCACGUCACCUCUACAACUGGGUCAGGACACUAGUUAAGUAUUAGAGCACCUGUUUUUUUUUUAAUUCUUUUAAAAUGUUAUUUUGACUUCAGUCUUAAAAACAAAAUUGCAUCUGAGGUCCUCAAUAAGUUCUUUUAAGGACCUUUGAUUUAAAAGGUUCUCUGGAAACCAAAUAUGGCGCUGCAAGAAACUCUUUUUGCUCCUUUUAUUUGUAAGAUUAUCUGGCCUUAUUUUUCCUCAAUAGUCUUCAGCUGCAUUGCUGCUGAUGCAUCAAUUGGUUGAAAUAGAAGUCCUUUUUUAGUAGAAAAACUUAUUGUCUAGCUCCAUAUCCUUAAAGGGAUAGUUCAUCCAAAAAA